AUCCUAUGAGGAGUGCUUAGGGUUCUAGACUUCUAGAACUCUUUUUUUCUGAGUGUACUGCUUGUGUGAAGUCGGUGCGUCAUUACGCACGCUCCAACCAUUUACAGAGUCACUUCAAUCCACUCAGGAGGUCGAGCUGAGAAAGUGGGGGUGGUGUGAGAAAAUCACCAGCUCGUUUCAGACAUCUGCAUGGUUUAGAUCGAGUUGCUCUGUGGUGUGAGAGCCUCGCUACACACUUGGUGGUUCUCUGGUUCUUCCAGUGCGGAUGUGUGGCUGCGCGUCGCCGCGGCUUUGAGCUGAACCUCGGUUUCUCGCGGACAGGAGCCAUGGCGCGCUGCGCGUUCUGGAGCGCGCUGUGUCUCUUCCUCAUGUCCUCCACUGGACUUUCUUUCGGUACCGGUUUCUACUCGUUCCCAGGACUCACACUGCAGCAUGUGAGCUCAGAACAAAGCGUCGCUGGACCCCCGGCCGCAGGCAUCAGCUCUCAGCGCAGGAACUGGUGCCAGUACACUGUAUCGAAGACGGUUACAUGCCAGGUGCAUAACGGCACAGAGACGACGGUGCAGAGGGUGUUCCAGGGCUGUCGAUGGCCAGGACACUGCUCCAAAGUCAUCAGUUACAGGACUCUGAUCAGGCCUGCAUAUAAGGUAGCCUAUCGACAGGUGACUGCGCUCGAAUGGAGGUGCUGUCCCGGCUUCCUGGGAAGUGACUGCAGUGUAGAAUGUAUGAACUGUACGGGUUACACUGGUCUGAGCAAUCGCCUGAACAGCCUUGAGAGUAAGAUCAAGUUGUUACAGGAGGCUGGACCUCGUCCUCCAUCUAUCAAUACUCUGCCAGAGAGAUCAACAGACAACGAGGUAGAAACCCCAGAGCCCACCCCUAGGGGACCCCCACCUUUUUGGCAACCAGGGACAAGGGGCCCUCCAGGGCCAAUAGGCCCACCUGGUAUACCUGGUUCAGCGGGACCACCUGGACCUGCAGGAGAGACAGGUGCUCCAGGCCGACCGGGACCCACAGGCCCAAAGGGGGAAAGAGGCCUUCCAGGUGAAAUUGGUCUUCCAGGUCCUCCAGGUCCUCCAGGACAGCCUGGCCUGCCUAACUCUAUUCCUCUACGGGGCGAUGUAUUUCAGGGUCUCAGUCCAGAUGAAACAGCAGGUCUUAUAGGACCUCCAGGCCCACCAGGUCCUUCUGGCCCCCCAGGUCCUUCUGGAGCUCCUGGCAUUCCGGGUUUACCUGGAGAAGAUGCACCGAGGGGUCUCCCUGGCAAAGCUGGAGAACCAGGACUUAAAGGAGACCGAGGUGAAAGGGGACCUCCGGGAUUAAUCGGGGAGCAAGGCUUGGCAGGUCCAAUGGGUGCCAAGGGGCAGAAAGGCGAGCCAGGAGAGAGCCUGCCUGACGGUGAAGGAGUUCAGCAGCUGAGAGAAGCUCUGAAGAUCCUGGCUGAGCGAGUGCUCAUUCUGGAGCACAUGAUUGGCAUCCACGAGACCCCAGCAGAGGCCGGCUCUGGACUAGAUGGCCUGUCAGAUGCUCUUGGUCUACCACCAGCGAAGAUAAAACGGGCCGAAUCAGUGCGCCUUCGCUCUUCUUCUCUCCACACCGGCCAGCAAAAGAGGAGGAGUGUUUGACAUUUACACUAGUGAUUUUGUGUAGCUGUCAUUCAUUGCUCUUAAUAAUUAUCUAGUGAAAGCCUGAGCAAACAGCACUAUUAAGAACUUUUCAUCAUUUAUAAGGAAAUUGUUUUUGCUGUACAGUUUUCACAAGAAAACAUAUGAAUCCUUGUUUUUAAUAAGACAUGAAAGUGUUUUUAUGUGUGUAUGUGUGUGUGUACUCUUUGUAAGUUCUGAUUUUUCUAGUUUAUGGACUUUGCGCAACCUGUCAUCUUGCUGUCUCUGCACUCGGCUCGUUUUUACUCACACCCAGUAAACACACACUUGUAGACAGGCCCACACUACACCUGGUGAAGGCUCGUCAGCGUCCUUCGGGCUUGUUCUCAGUUCUUGAGCUCGUUAAGGCUGUAGUGAGUCGGGAAGGAACAAAUGAGCUUCCCGCCUGCUAGGCAGCUCCAAAUAAAACAUUGUCAAAUGAGAAACAUCUGGAUCAGGCUCAAAAAAGAAAAGAAAAAAACAAAACACCCCAGCCACCUAUUGUUUUGGUUCUGCAGUUCUGAAAACAGCUUGUUCGGAUUUGGUAGGAUGUUUUCUGUCAGCUAAAUUGCAACCGUGGCUUUGAUUCCCCAUGGUCUUGGCUUUCUCUGUGCUUCUUUUCUGUUUUCUCCUGUAUUAUUUGUCUCGCCCUACUGUGCGAGUAAGUGUAACAAACAUAUCAGUUGGACUGCAGCUUUCCUUCUCUGCCAUUGCAGACCAUCUUUUCUCCCGAGUAUGUUUACUGAGAGUACAGCUGGCUCUGUAGAAGGGAAAUUAAUAGGGUACUUACUCUAAGAUAACGAAACAUGUCUAUGUGACUCGGUGCUCUGCUGUAAUGGGAUUGCCCUAUUUAUAAGCCAUUUGUUUUCAAAAGCCGGUUUUCCCAGAUAACAUUUGUCUCACUCAUUUACGCUCCAUUAGCAUUGAGACAAGAUCACAGUGUAUAUUGACUUCCAUGCAUUAGGACCCCAUUUCCAAUCAUUUAUUUAACGACUUACUGUCAUUUUAGCUUAGAUGUUAUAUUUGAAGUAUUGGUUUACUUUGACUGUAGCCUGUAGGAUUUUACCAUAAGUUGACCUCUUUCUUACAUUAGCAGCUGAUUAGCGGUGGUACACUGCUGGUUCAGUAAAAAAAAACAAAAAAAAAAAUGACUUAACCAGGUUGCUCUCGUACAGUAGUUAACAGCAGUGUUAAUGAUAUUUAACAAUAAAAUAUGAGGUGAUUUAGUUUGAUUUUGUACUGUAUUGGAGACUGUAUGGUGUCAUGGCUGUUAGUAUAUUCUGCCUUGUAUUCUGCCAAUAUUUACUAUUUUUGCACUCUGAUGUCAGGUUGAUAUGGCACUGACGUAGCAAUAAAAACUGAUCUGAAGGUUGUUUGUGGGGGUUCUUUUGUAAAUUGGUGCACACAAAAAAUGUAAUGUCAUUUAAUAAAAGAUUCAAUACACAUUCAUAA